AUGAGCCAUAAAAAGCAGGCAUUUGACGAAAGUCUGGAAACCCUUAGAAUCCUACUGAACUCCAGGUUACGAAAGCCGGUUGAGCCGCUUACGAGUACCGAAUCAAAAACCUACUACAAUACUCUAGUCUUCAAUCAGAAUUCAAAUGAAAUAAACGGUGAAUACGAAGAGCUACUGGCUAAUUACGUUGUCCUUUGUGAGGGAAAAUACUUGCGCGAAGUUUUGAUCCCAGAUUCCCGAUUUUGGAAUAUAUUAUGCGAUAAUUGCCAAAAGUUAAGGCCAGGAAUAUUGGUAUCAUGUCUCAUCAGGAUUUUUAAUAUAGCCCUCAACUGCCCAGAUAGCAAAAAAGAUGCAGUAAUUAUGGGUGUCUGCCGCAUCUCCACCGCAAGCCCUCAUAUUAUAGGGAGACUUUUGCUAAUUUUGUCACAGAGACCUAUUCAAGGGCCAUUAUUUAUGGAAACUAUACUCUGCAUAAACCUACUUUUGAAAUGCUUGCUCAUCUUAUGUGAAAUAUCAAUCCCGCAUGCCGUGGAAUUCGUUCCUGCAAUUCUACUUUUACUGUUCCAGUAUAAUUUUCCAGCCUCUAUAUCCGAACUGCUUUAUAUAGAGGACUUACAAUCUUUGAUCCUAGAGGAAUUUGUACCAUUGAAGCAAAGACUGAUAAAUUUUCUUUCGUCGAUUAAUAUUGAAGAUUAUUCCUGUCCGCUUAAAGAGGAUCUUCUUACGGCCAUCAAAGAUCAUUCCGUAUUUCAAAAGGGGCUGGAAAUGGAAAUGGGUGAACUUCCCAGUAUAAAUUUAUUGAAUGCGUAUGACACAUUCACAUUCUUAAACAGUCCUAAUAUAUCAUUCAAGAGACUUUACAGCGAACAACUGCUCUUUGGAGAAAAUGAUUUUCCUCUUUACGAAACAAUAUUUAAGCUGUCAGAUCAAUUUAAAAGGCUGUUCAACCUAAGUGGCAACAAAGAAGAUUCAUAUUCAGAUCCAGGUCACGACUCAAAACUACAAAUUGCCACCGCUGUUCUUAAUCGACAAACAUGUUUUUAUAAGGCACUCGAGUUGUUUUUGAGAUUUUGGAUAGAAUCACUGGCAAAGUCCGAAAAUGAUAUGGUUUCACUACUAAAUUUAGCCAUAAUUACUCUAAAACAUAUUUAUUUGUCAUCAGGCGACUUGAAAUUAGCAAUACAGACCAAAUCACUCCUCAAGACUCAGCUAGAAGCACUUGACUCCAUGAACUAUAAAUUCGCAAGAACAUUGCAACUAGACUCGAUUAAAAAAGACCAGUACCGUACUUGGUCAUCUAAUAUUUCCAGUUUUGAUACAAUGCUAUCGGGUCAGGUUCACGACUACGUUCGUCAUCAAAGACUUCUUCAACUGCAAAAGGGAACAUGGGUUUAUGCAGAAAAUCCAUUGAAUUCUGAGGCUGGGACCCCAAAAGUCUACUUUCUCAUAGUGUCGGAUAACCAUGCAAGCCUACUGGCCAGAGAAUUUGAAACUCAAACAGAUGAUCUACCUUAUAUAUUUGAUAAUAAAAUCUUGACAAGUCCAGGUUGCGAGGCCUUGGCUAACAGUAGAACAAAAGUUGUCAUUUUGAAACAUAUAAUCUCCUUCAAAAGCACAGAACUAACCACACCGAGCCGUCGAAGUGGUAGUAACGUUUACAUCAAAUUAGAUGAAAGCAAUGUGUACACAGAAGUUGAAUUGAGAGACCGUACCGACAAGACAGUUUUAAAAUUUUAUUUAGACACAGAAGAGGGAAAGUACAUAUGGUUAGACGGACUAAAACUGAUAUCUCCAUCUCCAAAUGAGGAUAUAUCUAGGGAUACGAGAGAACAAAUAGACACACUAUUUGAUUUAAGAAAAAACGUUCAAAUGAUAAACUUGAACGUUCGUCAAGAUAUUAUAGCGCCUCCCCCAAAGUCGAACGAUGAGAGCGAAGAUGAAGAAUUAUACGACCUAGAAAUGUUGAAGAAAGUAACCCAAGAUUUUUAUUUCGACUAA